UUAAUAUAAUUAAGACUUUAAUUUAGGUGCUACAAGCCUACACCUACACGACGCCUCCAGCUGUAUCGUCUUCUUCACCAAACUUCUUUUACAGAGCAAAACUUUUACAGCGCAAAAUUCUAGCCUCUUAGGUCGUCUCUUUCACUGUAUCUUCUUUCUUUCCUCAAGAUUGAAAGAGUAAGCCAUCCAAGCCCCCAAACAAACUCUCCAUAUCAUUGCUCCUCUCUGGUCUCUGCCAUCCGAACUCAACAAUCUUGUAUUCUUGGUUUAUCUGAAACAUGAAGCAGCAAAAAUGAGAUAAAUAUACUAUAAUAUUGAAGUUUCUUCCAGAAUUGAAGUCCAUCAGUGUUACGUAAAAUGGAGAAUAAAACAAUGAAAGAUUCUGAAUCGAUCAAUUCAAAUCGGAGGGGUAACAGUAGCCAGAAGAGGGAAAGGGGCUUGCAGAUUGAAGGAUACUCAAUAGAAGGGUUAUCAAUUGCAGGUCAUGAGACGUGCAUAAUAGUUCCCUCGCUUAACUUAGCCUUUGAUAUUGGCAAGUGCCCUCAGCGUGCUAUCUCCCAGCAAUUCCUUUUCAUCUCUCAUGGCCACAUGGACCACAUAGGAGGACUACCUAUGUAUGUUGCAACUCGUUCCCUUUACAGAAUGCAACCUCCUACUAUUAUUGUACCAAAAGUUAUCAAAGAAAGUGUCGAGAAGCUUUUUGAAGCUCACCGAUCUAUGGAUCACUCAGAAUUGAACCAUACUUUGAUUGGUUUGGACGUGGGAGAAGAAUUCUACUUGAGGAAGGAUCUUAAAGUUAGAGCAUUUAAGACUUAUCAUGUCAUUCCUAGCCAGGGUUAUAUAGUAUAUUCAGUGAAGCAGAAGCUUAAGCAAGAAUAUGUUGGCCUUCUAGGAGAUGAGAUUAAGAAGUUAAAGUUAUCAGGUGUGGAGAUCACGUACACUACAACAGCACCUGAAAUUGCAUUUACAGGAGAUACUAUGUCAGACUUCAUUAAGGAUUCCGAAAAUGUUGAUGUUUUGAGGGCAAAAAUCCUCAUAAUGGAGAGCACUUAUGUGGAGGACAAAACAACAGCUGAUAACGCAAGAGAAUAUGGACAUACUCAUCUGUCUGAGAUUGUUGAUUUGGCAGAUAGAUUUCAGAACAAAGCAAUCCUUCUAAUCCACUUUUCAGCCCGCUAUCAGUUGGAUGUAAUUCAGGAGGCUAUUUCUGCAAUACCUCCGCCUUUGGCAGGAAGAGUUUUUGCACUGACAGAAGGUUUUUGAUUCAAGGCCAAAUCCACGCAUCAGCUACUUUAGAAUCGCUCCCGGAUUCAUUGGGCAUUUCCUUUUUCUUUUUCACUCUUUAUCAUUUGGUUGAUUGCGUGAAGAGCACUAAUUGCAAAGGAAAAUUUUGCUAUGAAAGUUAUCUAGAUAUAGUUUAAAAUUGAGCCUGAUCCAGCUCAAUCUGAUCUUUAUAAUGCCCCUUCAGGGACAUCCAAUAGAAUUGGGGGGGGGGG